AUGGCCGAGGCUCCUCAGCCCGUGGAGACUCCGGCCAGGGCCGCUUCUCUGCCCCGCUGCAGGCGGGUGGCUGUGGCCCUUUGCGCCUCGUCGCCCGGAGGAGACCUGCUCAGCCUGCAGGAGGCUGGCGGCGGCGGCGGCGGAGAGGGCUUCGAGAUAGAAAGGAAGCUGAUAGUGAUAGACAGCAAGCACAAGCAUCCGGUUACUGAGCUUAGCUGCUCUGAGAGGCAUUUGAGGAGAAGAAUCAAACCCAUCAUGGAUGACGGCUAUCAGAAUGAAGACUAUUGGAAUGAAGAUUACCAGAAUGAUAUUGUUUCAGACAAAUUGUCUCAUAAUGCUGAAGUUUCCUCAGAGUCAGAACAUGGAAGCGCAGUUUCUCUAGAAUCAGUGGUUUUGAACCAGCAGGGAUAUGAGAAUGCUGUGCAGGAAUAUGAGUAUAUCGGGUUUUCUGGCAUCCGGCUGAGAACGCUACCAGAGAAGGGAGAGGAAAGAGAACCAGCACUGUUUACAUUUGAGGAUGGCAAGUGGGGACCCUUUGGCAGGAAACCCUUCAUGAUCUUCUCAGUUCUGUUGCUCUGCUCCUUGAUCAUAAUAACAGCUACUCUCAUAAUGGCAUGUCUUAGAUGUAAGUGCAGAUCUGAAGAAGGUAAACUCUUCUGGAUAUUACUUCUGUGUAGUUCCCCCUGUCCCCACCCCACCCCACCCCCAAAAACAUUUCCAUAUAUUGCAGGCUUUCCAAAGUGUGCAGAUGACUGGCAUAAGUUUCAGGAGAAAUGCUACCACUAUUCCACAGAAAAAAUGGGACAGAAUACAGCUAGAAGUUGCUGCCAAGCCCUAGGUGCAGAUCUAAUAGUGAUUGAGAGUGAAAAUGAACAGAGCCAGCAGUGA